AUGGCAAACACGGGCUACACGUCGCCGUUCCCAACGUCCCACGACACUAUCGGGCAGUCUACACUUGUGACGCCCCUAUUUAUGCCUUCCUCUCCACCGCAAAAACCCUCUAGCCCAGCGACAGAAGCGCCGCAAUCUCCACAGUCACCGCAAUCACCACAUUCACCUCAGUCGCCACAGUCGCCGCGUUCACCACAAUCUCCACCACGCCCUGAGAGCCCGGCCUCUGAGCAAUUUGACCCCCACCAAGACGACGAUGAUGAUGAUGAUGAUGAUGAUGAUGAUGAUGCGCAUCCAAGCGAUCACGAAUCGCACCACGAGGAUCAGCUGCAGGACUUGUCUCGCCCUUCAACUCCGGGAAGCCCUCGGGGUUUCGAUUUGGAUGCCCGCCUCGCCGAUUACACCCUCGACUUCAGCGCUUUUCCAAGCAGUAAGUUCCUAGAUGGCAAGGAUGGGCAACUACUCCCGGAGGCAAAGGAUGACGAGCAAGACAAGCUCUCCGACGUGGGCGGACCCGAAGACUUUACUGCAGAUAUGGAGAGAUACUUGAUGGGCGAGGGCAUGUCGAGCGUCAGAAAAAGCUGGGUCAAUGACAGCAGUGAGCUACCAGGGUCAGCAUCACGAUACAACUCCACGAGGUCGCGGCAAGCGGCCGUUGAAGAAGAUGUAGAAGCGGGCGAAAUCAGCGAGUUCGGGCCUCCAGUCGAUAUGUCUACACCGUCGCAUUUCUUGCACAGAAAUAGCGCACUAGCAAGGGAUUCGACACAACUGGAAGACAUCGAAGAGGACCCACGCGAUGAACUUUCUGCCAUCGCGUCACCAUCCGAGCGCAAACUGUCGAUAACUUCGGAUAACGAGGCGGAAAACUUGGAGCAGCGCCUGCACCAGCGUAUCAUCGAGCUAGAAGAGGAAGUCCAAAAUCGGGAUGAGCAGCUGCAUAAAAAUCGCAAGCGCGUACUCGAGGCCGUCUCAGCCGUCGAGCAGAUCCGACACCUGCAGGCUGAGCUACAGCUCAAGAAUGAACAGCUGGACGAAAUCUCUGCGAGGAGCGGAGACGAAGCGAAGCUCCGUGAGCAAAUAGAGGCCCUCCAGCGGCAGAACAAUCAACGGGAGAAGAUACUCCAGAAAUCUACGGCAAGCCAGCCGGACUUUAGUGCUGUCGAGCAACAAAUUCGAGACAUGCAAAAACAGCUCCAAAACAGGGAUUCUCAGAGCUCGCUGGAUGCCGAGCGUUUAGAGACAAUUUCCCAUCUGCGGCAACAGCUGCAUCUUACCCAAGAACAACUGAAGAAGCGUGAUGAAACUUUGGACGAGACAAUGACCAAACUUAAAGAGGUCACCCGGGCGAAGGAAGUCCAACUCCAUGAGAAAAACUGUGAGAUUGAUAGGCUCAAGGGUGAAAUGGACGAUCAAGCACUGGAAAAUGAGAGGCUGGAAACCGAACUCGAGCGCGCCAACAGAGACUACCAGACGCUCGAAGAUCGUCUGACUGCUUUAGAGACAAAGAGCGGUCCACUCGAGGAAAGAAAUCACUCCCUCGAGGCAGAUCUUACCCGCGUCCAGUCGCAGGUCGAAGCGCAAGAAAGCGCUCUCAAAGCCGUAGCAGCGGAUCUGCCCAUCGGUAGCCGAAGCACAUACAGUGAGAUUCUUGAUUUGAUCAAAGAUCUCGGCGGGGAGGACCCAGCACCAAGACUCGGCUCUCCUCCAAAGGAAAGGUCUUUUGAUGAUGGCGAUGUACAGCAGCUGGGCCAGGAAAUCACCAAGCUCCAGCAAGAGCUGCAAGAAGCCACUGCUUCGCAGAAGGCUUCGGAUGCUGAGGCUAGCCAGCUUCGAGAACAGCUCUCAGAGACACAAAUUCUGAUCAAGGCGAUCGAAAAGGAAAACUUGCGCCUCACUACACGAGUGGAAGAGCUCACCUCCAAACUAAACAACACUCAACAUGACCUGACACGCACACAAGAGGAGCACGCCGAGUCUCUCGAGACCAUUGCUCGUCUCCAGGAAGAAGUCCUUGGUCAACCUCCAAGUCCCCCUCUUUCACCACCUCGGACUCGCAGCACGGACCACGCAGAUGCACAGGACGUCGCAAAGACAGCAGAGCUGGAAGCAACUCAUCAAGCCCAGAUUCGCAGUCUGCAAACCGCCCACUCUACAGCCAUCUCCACCCUUCGCUCAUCCCACGCCGAAUCGAUGCGUAAAAUCCGUAAUCUCCUCACAUCCGCCGAACAGCGCGAAGCAGAACUGCGGACAGAACUCACGACCAUCCGGACUUCGAUCGUGACCCAAGAAUCACAACUGCGCAAGGCAUUCAAGUCUGAAAUCAGACGGCUAGAGGCUGUUAUCGCCGCUAAGGAUGAAACUGCCGCAGCUAUGGAUGAGCGUAUCGCAUUGUCUGUGGAUAAGCGGGAACGUGAAUGGGAGCGUCGUGUGGAUCUUCUGCUCAAGGAGCGUGACCGCAUGGCCAAGGCUCUUAUGAUGUACUGGGGGGAAAAGGAGAUGGGCAAGGGUCCUGGUCCUUUGGCUGAGGGGAAGGAGGGACGUCGACGGGAUGGGGAUGAUGCGGAUGGCAAGCAGGGACAGGUGUACAAAUACAAGUACGCUCAGAAGCAGCGAUCUAGGACGGGGGAUAAGAAGGUAUGA